AUGCCUCAACCACUGCCCUCGAAAGAGGCCUCGCUGUUCCGACAGCUCGUCAAGAACUACGAGGCAAAGCAGUACAAGAAGGGCAUCAAAGCUGCAGAUGCGAUCCUCAAGAAGGUCGCCGACCAUGGCGACACACAGGCGAUGAAAGCCCUCAUCCUAAACUCGCAAGGCCACGGCGACGAGGCAUUCGCGCUCGGAAAGCUCGCGUUGAAGAACGACAUGAAAUCCAACAUCUGCUGGCACGUCUACGGCCUGCUCUGGCGGUCGAAGAAAAAUUAUGAAGAGGCUAUCAAAGCAUACAAGAUGGCCCUGCGACUGGCGCCCGAGUCACAAAACAUCCUACGCGACCUUGCCCAUCUCCAAUGCCAGAUUCGCGACUACGACGGCUACAUUGAGAGCAGACAGAAGAUGUUGAGCGACCGAUCACAACUGCGACAGAAUUGGACAGGGUUGGCUAUAGCAUACCAUCUUGCCGGAAAUUACAAGGAAGCAGAGCACAUCCUGACCACAUACGAGGGGACACUAAAACAGGCGCCUCCGAAGUCAGACCUCGAGCACUCAGAAGCCUCUCUGUACAAGAACACGAUAAUAGCAGAAUCAGGAGACAUCGAACGCGCUUUGGAACAUCUGGAAACGAUCCUUAAGAAUAAUCUGGACCGCACGGCCGUACUGGAGCUUAAGGCGAAAUACCUGCUGCAACUAGAGAGAUAUGAGGAAGCCGCCACGGUGUACAGGACGCUUUUGGAUCGAAACAGCGAGUAUCGAGCAUACUUUGAAGGACUUGAGAAGGCCCUCAAAUUGGAUAGGUCGGACAGCGCGUCUUUGGAGAAAUUAACCGAGCUCUACGAGGUAUAUGCGAGUCAGAACAAGCGAAACGAUGCCGCACGUCGGAUACCACUGGACUUCUUGAAGGGAGAUACCUUCAAGACGGCUGCGGACGAGUACCUCAGGCAAAAACUGACGAAGGGCGUCCCCUCUACCCACGCAAACGUCAAAGCGUUAUAUGUGGACUCCGCGAAGAAGGCAGUCAUCGAGGAACUUGUACUUGGGUACGCCUCAGAAGAGAAGAAGCAGAACGGCUCAGCCAAUGGCACGACAAACGGAGCCGCUUCAGACGUCUUCGACAAGUCUGUGCUACUUUUCCUAGCUAAGCACUACGAUUAUGCGCUCAGUCGCGAUCUCGACAAGGCAAUGGAGUAUGUAGACCGCUUGAUCGAGCUGGAGCCUAAGAACGUGGACUAUAACCAGCUGAAAGCCAGGAUUUGGAAGCACAAGGGCGACACACAAAAAGCAGCCGACCUCAUCAACUUCGCGCGGGAAUGCGACUUGAAGGAUCGUUACAUUAACACCAAGUGCGCCAAGUACCAGCUAAGGAAUGACGAGAACGAGAAGGCACUUGAGACUAUGAGCAAGUUCACGCGCAACGAAACCGUCGGGGGGCCGUUGGGAGAUCUACAUGACAUGCAAUGCAUGUGGUACCUAUUGGAGGACGGCGAAUCAUACUUGCGACAGAACAAGCUCGGUCUUGCGCUCAAGCGUUUCACCGCUAUCGCGGAUAUCUUCGAGGUCUGGCACGAGGACCAGUUCGAUUUCCACAGCUUCUCGCUGCGAAAAGGACAGAUCCGGGCUUACAUCGACAUGAUCAGAUGGGAGGACCAUCUUCGAAACCACCCCUUCUUCACACAAGCUGCGCUGUCUGCCAUAGAGCUAUACAUCAAGCUCAAUGACAACCCGGAUCUAGCCAACAAUGGCAAGCCGGACCUAGCUAACCUCGAUCCUUCAGAGCGAAAGAAGGCAUUGAAAAAGAUACAGAAGGAGGAGGAAAAGAAGAAGAAGGCAGAGGCGGACAGGAAACAGGCCGCCCAAGCCAAGGCGACUGCGAAGGGCGACGAUGGCGAGGUUAAGAAAGAGGAUACAGACCCCAACGGCGAGACGCUCCUUCAGACUAAGGAGCCUCUGGAAGUGGCACUACGGUUCCUCAAACCAAUGCUUGAGCUCAGUCCCCGCAAUGUUGACGCACAGAACAUAGGUUUCAAGGUGUACCUCAGGAGAAACAAGCUUUUGCUUGCUCUAAAGUGUCUGCGCGCUGCUCAGGAGCUCGACCCUGAGAACGCUGGAGCGAAGGAGAAUGCCGCCGCUCUCCGUGAACAUCGUGAGUAA